AUGUUUUCUGUUAGAGGCAACGUUGAUUGGCAAAUCUAUCAGGAUUGUGGAGAAAGGGCGUUGACUGGAACAAAAGCACAUCAUCGAAUUCCCUCAUUAUUUUAUUCAAACGAAGUCACCAAGACCCUUGUCUUCUGCAAUGCGCCCAAAAAAGUUCUGAAAAUAUUUGUAGAAGGUCCAAAAUCGUAUUUAUACCGGACAAGUAUGAAGAGCCGAAGUCGACAUCUCAUAUUAGAUUAG